AAGUAGCAACAACGUUUACAAAACUAGUCUUAAACUGGCACCCGUUAUAAUUAUAUACAAACAAAACAAUUAACGUCAAUAACAAAUGAAGAAAGUGACUGAAAAGAAAGUAGCCAGAAAAGUGGCAAAAUUUUUUGCAAAUGUGUCAAAUGAUGUAUCAAACGGCUUUAUAGGUAUAGAGAACUCUACACCGUCACGUUUUCUGUGCUUGAUUAAUGCAGGUUUACUGAAUGGAUUUACGAGAGAGGAAAUAUUUGAUAUUUUUAUCGGUUUUGGGGAAAUUGAAAAAUUGGUAAUGAUUGAAAGAAAAUCAUAUUGUAUUCUCAGCUUUAAGAAUGAAUGUGCUGCUGUAGAAAGCUAUGAGAAGCUAAAUGGAAGUUUUUGCCUGAAAGGUGAAACAAAAGCACUGUACCUCUCUUACCUUAAACAAUUUCCCACAAACAUGAUUGGCUUGCAAGAGAGUCCAAAGGUGUGGCCAAGUGGGCUGAAACUAAAGGAAAACUUUAUAUCUGAAGAAGAAGAAGAAAAAUUACUUGACUUGACCUUGUCUGAUCCACAGACAUUGCAGCUCAAACAUAGAACUGUGAAGCAUUAUGGAUUUGAAUUCAAGUAUGGCAGCAAUAAAGUUGAUCGAAACCCAUUGCCAAAUGCUAUACCUGAAGAAAUGGAACCAAUCAUCAAAAAGUUUGUGGAACUUGGCAUGCCAAGACCAAAUCAAUUGACAGUUAAUCACUAUGCACCUGGGCAAGGAAUACCUCUUCAUACUGAUACUCAUAGUUCUUUUGAGGAUGGAAUUAUUAGCAUCUCUCUGGGUUCUGAUAUUGUAAUGGACUUCAUGAGUAAUGAUGAUGGUCGGCGUUUAAGCAUCGUUUUACCAAGACGUUCGUGUUUGAUUAUUAGCCAAGAAGCACGAUACUCCUGGAGUCACGGUAUAACGCCACGGAAAUAUGACGUAACUGAAGCUGUCGAUCAUGGAUUAACUGUUAAGCGACGGGAAAACCGGACGUCAUUGACUUUCCGCAAAGUCCGCACAUCAAAAUGUGAUUGCACUUUCUCCAGAUGGUGUGAUUCGCAAUCAGAAAAUUCUAUUGAUCUCUCAGAAAAAACUGCCGACAACAUCGAAAGAAACCAUGUUUUUCGUGUUUAUGAUGAAAUCGCUACACACUUCAGUGAAACCAGACAUUCACCAUGGCCCAACGUUAAAGCAUUUAUUAAGAGUUUUCCUGCUGGAUCACUGCUGUUAGACAUUGGCUGUGGAAAUGGAAAAUACCUAACGUGUUCGCAAUCGCUUUUCAGCAUUGGAUCCGAUCGAUCAAAGCAACUACUAAAUGUCUGUAGGAAACGUGGUUAUCAAGUUGUCAAUGCUGAUUGUCGUGCUUCCCCUUUUCGUGAUGAUGUAGCUGAUGCCGCCAUCUGUAUCGCUGUUAUUCAUCAUUUGGCUACCGAAGACCGGCGUUUGCAGACACUCCAGGACAUAAGCCGCAUUCUACGUAAGGGUGGUCGAGCUCUGGUGUAUGUUUGGGCCAAAGAACAGGAAAUGGCGAAAAGAAAAUCAACUUAUUUGCUGCAAAAGAAGAGUAACGUGUCGAGAACAGAAGUGUGUUCUACACCGGAAACGUACUCAGAAGCCGUGCUACCUGUGCACACAAAUCGAACAGAAUUUAAACAUGCGGAUGUUCUAGUACCUUGGAGUCUCAAUUCAAAAGAGAGUACUGGAACGGAUACACCUACUUAUUUGAGAUUUUAUCACGUUUUCAAGGAAGGCGAAUUGGACAGCCUAUGUUCCAAGAUAUCUAAUAUUUCCAUUCGGCGCAGUUAUUACGAUCAAGGAAAUUGGUGCAUUGAGUUUGAAAAAGAAUAACAGAAAACGCUGAAUAAAGUAGUUUAGUGUGCAAUAA